CAAGGGGGACUCACUGCGUAUCCCACUAAGCUUGGACCCACACGAUCCUCACCUCGUCAGCAUCUCACACUGGCAUUUCCGGCUCACCACUACUCUCCUGCCGUCACAACCCUCACCGCUGUCAGAGACGGCUACCCAGCCUGGCUCAUCCAGUCAUUCGGACAGAUCUGAGCUCAGCACACAUUGCCUGCAGCUGCUGCAAGCUUGCACAGAUCUUCGCCAGUAGCUCACCCAGUGGGAGGCCCCUCAUCGCCACGCAGCGUACUGCUCGCAAUCAGAGAGCAUACACUCCUACAACGAACAGAGAGACACCUUCCUGCGCUCCUCUCCCAGUUCAUCCUCCAUCAUGGGUGGGCACUCGGGCGCCUCGAAGCCUCAGCAGCGACGCCAGGCGAAUCGGCCCACCAUGCCCACCAUGUCCAAGAGAGCCGCCGCAACAACGUCAUCUACACCCGCUUCCACAUCCUCUUCGGUCCAUUCUCGAGGACAGCAGGCGCGGAGAGACUCCUUCACUCGCGCUAGAGACGGUGUCUCCACGAUGCGGCCUGGAAAACCUACACGGAGGAAUAGCAGCAGCCAGCAUCAGCGGCCCGUCUUGGGUGGGAUGACUGCACUGGAUCUCGUCUUGAUCGCUGCAGCUUAUGCCAUCAACUUGAUCAAGACGCUGGCAAUAGCUGAGCUCGUCGAUAUCGCUGCCAAGUCGUUGUGGUACUGCUUCACUUCUCUUCCGUUCGAUUUCUACCGGCGGUGGACUCUCAGCCACCCUCAGCCUGUUUCUCCAGAAAGCGAACCACAAGACAGCGAUGUGAAUCCUGCCUCCAACGUAUUCAGACCCUCGCAGCGUCCUCACCCGCUUGCCCCUCCUCCAUCGCAACUCUCACCCUUCCAUCACCUCGUCAUUCUCAUUACCCGCUUCGCUUGCAUGAACUUCCCGCACUUGCUGCCACGAGUUCUCUUCGCAGAAGAUACGAUGCUGCCCUUUGUCGGCUGGCGGACAGGCGGCGCCAGCUGGGAGCUCAUGAAGGAGAUCCGCGGUGAGCCAAUAAAGACGGACUCCUCGCCGUCACCAGUCCCUGCCUUUCGGGCAAUCUGGAUGGGACCAGACGCAUAUGCUUCCUCAGAGUCACGUCGCCAGAGUGAGACAUCACGGCAGGCGUCGACCAUCCUCUAUCUUCACGGUGGAGGCUUCUCCCUGGGCAGCGUUUCCUUCUACGCGGAGGCACUACUUCGGGUCCUCAACAAGGUCUGCCGAUUCGAAGCUGCCGACCCCUCUGCGCCACUGGCAAGAUGUGUGGCUGUAGAGUACGAUCUCGGUCCCACUGCACGAUUCCCAGCACCCCUGCUACAAUGCCUCAGAUGCUACGCGCAUCUAAUCGAGGUAGAGCGGCUUGACCCCAGCAGCAUCACUUUUGCGGGAGAUUCUGCGGGCGGCAACCUCGCCCUUGCAAUGUUGCUGACCCUGAAUGGACAAGGAGGAAAAGAAGUGUAUCGAGAGAGGGACUGGACCAAGCUGCCUCUGCCGGGAAAGGCGCUUCUUAUCAGUCCCUGGGUGGACUUGAGGCCAUCUCAAGCCCACGCAUUUGCUGCCCUCAGAAAAGAAGAGGAGAUGCAAAGAGAUACAAAGCAGUCAGCAAAGAGCUCUCAUAAGAAGCAAAGCAGCUUCAGAGACUCAUUGGGCACAACGACUUCUCAUCCGGAACCUAGCGAGGAUCUCACUGCUGCCAUCACCUCGUAUGAAUGGGACUAUGUUGCAUCCGAGACUCUGCUCCACUUUGCACAGGUAUACGCUGGGGUACUUGAGAGGCCUCGCAGAGUCAUCGGUCCUUUGGGCUGGGUCGCGCACUUAGGAGGCAUUCUCAGUAGGGGUCUCGAAGAAGAAUCCCAAGCUGGCGAAGCAGGACAGCGCAAAGGGAAGAAGGCUACCCGCACCACCCACGUCGCUGAUCCCGCUAGAAGACUCGCUCGGGCCGUCAAGGACUUCCUCGAGCACCCACUCUUUGAGCAACUGGUACCCAAGGAGGAGUUGGUCCGCACGUCGCCUCCUCUCUCGACAGCUGUAGUCCAGCCAAGCUUCACAUCCGGCCUGGCUCCCAUCUUCAGCUCAAGAGAACGUGAGACAGACGCAGUAAGGAGCACAAAAGAUCUCUACUUUCCCAUCCUCAGCUCUCCGUCUUCGGCCUCUGCGGAUCUUGACUCUAAUCCUUUGCUGUCACCGAUUCUGGGAGACUGGUCAAAGAUUCAGCUCGAGCGCGGCUGCCUUGUGACAUGGGGCGAGCGAGAGCGCAUGUCGGCUGACAUCGAGGCCUGGGUCGAGCUGGUGCACAGCGGGAAAAGUCCUGAAGACCUCACGCCUUCGCGACGUGACGAUCGGCCACGACAAGACGGCGAGGAAGAGAGGGAGAGGUACGAGCGUCUACAGAGAGGCAAGUGGCUCAAGACUGCCGUAGAGCAUGGCAGUGGAGGUGUGCAUGCCUGGCCGUUCGUCGCGAUGUACCUCGCCGGUACUGAAGCUGAGCGGGAGAAGGGCCUCGAGUUGCUGGGCCGCUUCAUUGCUCGGCCCAUUGGUGGCGACGUUGAGACACUCAUGGCAGCUGAAGCAGCCUACUCCCGUCCGCCAGACAACGACACGGCUCCCUCCUCUCCUGCAUGGCAUCAAAGGGGAGAAGACGUCUCUCCACCUUACUCCCCCGGGAGCUUGCCGAGCGAUAUCGGGGAAGAAUCGGAGUAUGACGAAGGAGACGAGCCUGCCGACGGCUCCCAGAGCCCAAUGUUUACAUCACGAGGCGGAGGAAGAGCAUUCACAGAAGCCGAGUUCAAAGAAGUCAUGGGGCUCGGUGUACAGUAUGGUCGCGAGCCUGUCAUGCCUGGCUCGCCGAGCUCGAGCAGGUCUGCACCAACUCCUCCCGCGCCGGCGCCCUUGACCCCACCCGCCUCUACACCCUCGCGAGAGACGCCUAUAGCACCGACCACCCCGCCGAGUCGCGCUGCCCAGCUAGGACGUGUCGAUACCACUACGACAAUUCCCGCAUAUUCGCCAUCACUUUCUUCAGGCUCUGCAUCUCCAGCGAGCAGUAUGAAGGGCAGCAUCUCAAGAAGGAUGGAGAGGGAGCAUUCCUCUGGUCAGAUCUCUCGCGGCAGAAAGGCCGAGCCGACUGCGCCUCCACUCUGGUGGACAAAUACGCCCGUUGGUGCUGCUCCUGCUGCUCUUCCAGCGCAAGAGGUCACGAGCCAGGUGCAAGCUCUGCCUCGAUUCGAAAGCGAUGAGGACGACCUGGAGCAAGAUGUCGACGCCGAUACAUCCUCCUCCUCGCAGCUCGCGCCAGCUCUUUCCACCCUCGCCUAUUCUUCCUCUCCUUCUCGCGCUGCGCCUCGCUCAGACUCGGAUCCGGGAUCAGAACAGCUCAAAGCAUCUUACUUUGGUCUCUCCUAUGCCCUGCGUCGCGAAGCAGAGGAAGGUCUCUCGGACAUAGCCGAAGAGUCGAGCGUAAUGAGCAGUGGCUUCGCUUCUAUCGCCGGUGGAGCGGGAGGUGGAGCUCAUGCAGGCAGCAGUAAUCUCGGUCCUGGGGCAGGUGCUGCUCUACAAGCUGGGUUCAGCUCAAGCCCAGGUUCGAGUAGGAGCCCCAGCACUGCCUUCCGCCAGCCUGCAGGGGGAGCCUUUUUGCGCUACGCAGACGAUGCUGGAUCUCUCGAUUUGCAGGGCGAAGGUCAACUGGAAGAGGAGGAGGAGAUGGAAGGCAGCUCAUCGAUCUAUAGUCCUGUUGAGUUCGAUGAGGAAGAGGACAUAGGUGUGGACGCGUAUGUAGAAGAAGGAGAUACGAUACCCGAUAGUGAUGGAGCAGAGUACGAAGGCGAGUAUGAAGCUGGAGAGAAGUUGGAUGAUGACGUCCAAGCCGAAGUGGAGAGUGAGAGUGAGAGUGAAGAAGGGGAUGGGGAUACAGACACUAUCGGCAGGAGACGAAGUAGCGAGUCCCUCACCCGCACCUCGGCUGUAAGAGGAGGUGAGGCUUGGUGGGCUUCUGGCGCUGGCGCUGCUGCUGGUGGAGGGAGCGCUUCUACUGCUAGUGGGAGGGGACCAGGCCCACUCUAGACCAAUUCGGAUUCGGUGGGAGAGGAGUCUGGUACGCAUCUGAUGAGCGAACAGGGACUUCAGACGUGUAUUUGUUCGAGCAUGACGUGACGUGACGUGUAACGACCAAACGAAGAAUUCAUAUAGACUCUCAUGUAGUGUAGUGGUAAAGUGGGGUAUAUAGCAAUUCAACUCUUUGCAUCCGACAACCGU